UUGAGAGUUUUGAACAGUGACAAGUUCCAAGAAAUAGAACUAUAAUGGGUUUUAGAGGGUUUGUCCUGUGUCUAGUUGGGGUGCUGGUGGCCACUAUGUGGGCUCAAAAUGCAGCCCAACCAGGCUCAGGUUGCACCAGUGCACUCACUGGGUUAAGCCCAUGUCUGAACUACAUAACGGGAAGUUCCACAACGCCAUCAGCUUCAUGUUGCUCACAGCUCUCUAGUGUAGUUCAAUCUUCGCCACAGUGUCUCUGCUCUGUGCUUAAUGGUGGGGGUGCCACUUUUGGAAUUACCAUAAAUCAAACGCUUGCUCUGUCUCUCCCUGCCGCUUGUAAAGUGCAAACUCCCCCUGCUAGUCAAUGCAAAGCCGGCAAUGGAGCAACACCUCCAUCGUCAGCACCAGUUGGUUCACCAUCUGAUUCUUCAGCUGAAUCACCCGAUGGCUCAAUUACACCUUCUGCUUCAGAUUUUCCCUCAGGAGGUGGAGGAUCUAAAACUGUCCCAUCAACAAACGGUGGUUCAUCCGGUGGAGGUACUAAUAGAGUCCCUUCACACUUGGUGCUCUAUCUUCUUGCAAUUGUGUCUUGUGUCUCCACCUUCACGAUGUUCUGAUUUCGAGUCAACACAGA